AUGUCAAAAAUCAUCCUCAUCACUGGCUCCAACACGGGCAUCGGCCUAGAGGUUGUCAAGGCUCUCGCGGGCGCCAGCAAGCCCUACACCAUUCUCAUGGGCGGACGGAGCCCUCAAAAGGUGCAAAACGCAAUUUCUACCGUUCAGACGAAACUCCCUUCCACUGCCAGCACGUUUGUUCCCAUAACGGUGGACAUCGAAUCCGACAAGUCAAUCGAGCAGGCGUUUGCCGAGGUUCAGUCCAAGUACGGCAAAGUAGACGUGCUCAUCAACAAUGCCGGCGCCCAGUUCGACCAAGAACACGCCACAAGCACCCUCAGCACCCGCGAAAUUUGGAACAAGACCUGGAACGUCAACACGACCGGCACACACAUCCUCACCUCGACCUUCGCUCCCCUUCUCCUCCAGAGCAUCGAUCCCCGUCUGCUCUUCCUCACCUCCGGCACAUCCACUCUCGCCGGCACGGAAAACACCGCCAUCCCCGUCAACAAGGUGCCACCGAAGGGCUGGCCCAAGACGGGCUUCAACGUGCCUGCCUACCGCAGCUCCAAAACUGGGCUCAACAUGGUCAUGCGCGAGUGGCAUCGCUGGCUGAAGGAGGACGGCGUCAAGGUGUUUGCCCUCUCGCCGGGGUAUCUGGCUACCGGGCUGGGCGGGGAUCCCGAGGUGUCCAGGACAUUUGGGGCGCAGGAUCCGGCGGUUGCGGGGCCGUUUGUGAGGAGUGUGGUGGAAGGGGAGAGGGAUGGGGAUGUGGGGCUGGUGCUUACUAGGGAGGGGGUCCAGGCUUGGUAG